AACGAUUCUCUGAGCUGGAGCAGAGAGAACCACUGGGAUCUGGGCUGGCACAUCAAGGCCUUGGGGACAGGACGUCGGGAGAGCCCCACAAACAACCGACCACAAAAUCAUCUCGGUCAUGUGAGUCACUGACAGGAGUGUCGCUGGUCAUUCCUGGAAUUGGCAAGGCUCACUUGACGAUUAUGAGAAACGUCAGCCCGGCUGAUGGAACUCUCCGCCACUGGAGAUUCAGCAGGACUUGCCUUCUGUGCCAACGUUUAAAUUCCUCCUAUUCCGUCAGGGGGUGCUUGCCAGCCCUAUCAGCAGAUGGAUGCAGAAGGUCAGCAGAAGAGGAAGGAUGGAAGGGAGGAGGAGGAAGAGCGGAUUCUGAUGCUGGAGCAGAGUUGGAAACCUUGGCCAAAAACACGGAGGAAGAUCAGAGGCUGCCUGGAGUUCGUCAAGCGGCAACUUUUCCGCGUGGGGGACGACUGGUACUUCCUCUUCGCCCUGGGGGUCAUCAUGGCCCUGGUCAGCUUCGCCAUGGACUUCACCGUCUCCAGGAUGGCCAACGCCCACAUGUGGCUUUACCAAGAGAUUGGGGACUACCCGGUGCUGAAGUACCUCUCCUGGACCAUGUACCCCGUUGCGCUGUCCGCUUUCUCGACUGGCUUCGCGCAGAGCAUCACGCCACACUCUGCAGGUUCCGGCAUUCCUGAGCUCAAGAUCAUCCUGACGGGGGUCAUUCUGGAAGAAUACCUGGCCAUCGAGAACUUUAGCGCCAAAGUCGUGGGCCUGACCUGCACCCUGGCAUGCGGGAGCACCAUCUUCCUUGGGAAAGUCGGGCCUUUCGUUCACCUUUCCAGCAUGAUCGCUGCCUACUUAGGGAAGAUUCGGACCAGUGUCUCUGGGGAAUAUGAGAAUAAGAGCAAACAGAACGAGAUGCUGGUGGCCGGAGCGGCUGUUGGAGUGGCCACUGUCUUCGGGGCUCCCAUCAGCGGGGUCCUCUUCAGCAUCGAGGUCGUGUCCUCCCAUUUCGCCGUCCGGGACUACUGGAGGGGAUUCUUCUCAGCCACCUGCGGGGCCUUCAUGUUUCGCCUCCUGGCCGUCUUCAACAGCGAACAAGAGACCAUCAUGGCUCUUUUCAAGACCAGCUUUAAGAUUGACUUCCCCUUUGACCUGCCAGAGACAUUCUUCUUCAUGUUCCUCGGCGCAGUCUGUGGAGUGGUGAGCUGCGCUUACCUCUUCUGCCAGCGCUGGUUCCUGGGCUACGUCCGGAGGAACUGCUUCACGGCCAAGCUGCUUGCAGAGGAGAAACCUCUUUACUCGGUGCUGGUUGCCCUCCUGCUCUCCUCCAUCACCUUCCCAUCGGGCCUGGGGCAGUUCAUGGCCUCCAGGCUGAGCAUGAAGGAACUCCUCACCUCCCUCCUUGACAACCACACCUGGAGCGCCCUUUCCCAAAACGCAUCGCUGGCCAGGCCCCUUCAAGUCGACACCCACAACCUGUGGCUCGAGUGGUGGGAUCCCAACAUCACCAUCUUUGGCACGCUGACCAUCUUCCUGUUCAUGAAGUUCUGGAUGCUGAUCCUGGCCACCACCAUGCCGAUGCCCGCUGGGUACUUCAUGCCCGUCUUUGUUUAUGGAGCUGCGCUCGGGCGCCUGGUGGGGGAAACCGCCGCCUUCCUCUUCCCCCAGGGCAUUUCAUCGGAGGGGGGCUCCAGCCUCAUCACUCCUGGAAGCUACGCACUGGCAGGAGCUGCAGCCUUCUCCGGCUCCGUCACCCACACCCUCUCCACGGCCCUGCUGGCCUUCGAGAUGACGGGGCAGAUCGCCCACAUCCUGCCCGUCAUCCUCGCCGUGCUCAUUGCCAACGCCAUUGCCCAGAAGUUCCAGCCCUCCUUCUACGACGGCACCAUCAUCGUCAAGAAGCUGCCCUACCUGCCACGUAUCAGGAGCAGGCACAUUGGCUCCUACAAGGUCACCACAGAGGAGUUCAUGAACACCAAAUUCGUCUACCUGCCCAGGGAUGCCACUUUCCAGGAAAUCCUCAGCACAGUCACCUCGACAGACGACUCCGAGUACCCAGUGGUGGACAAUGCUGAGACAGCCAUGUUGCUGGGGAUGAUCCAGAGAUCUGAGCUGAUCAAGUUCCUCCAGACCCAGGAUGAUGCCAGCUUGCCCCACAAGGCACAGGGGGAAGAGCCUCCAUCUGCCCAGACCUUGGAAGGAUCCUGCGCCAUCAGCCCUGUGACCCUACAGCUUUCCCCAUGGAUGUCCCUACACCAGGUGCACAACCUUUUUGAGCUUCUGAACCUUCAGAGAGCCUUUGUCACGCAACUGGGGAAGGUGGUUGGCGUUGUCUCCAGGAACGAGGUGAGGAAAGCCAUCGAAGACCUGGCAAAUCCCAAAGCAGCAAAAUGAGGAGAGACCACAGAGGACCAGACGGGAUUCGAAACCGCGAUGGAAGGAGAUUGAAUGUUACCUGGUGUCAAGAGCAAAUUAAAGAUGUAUUUUCACACCUUUGGUGGCAAAUGGGGAUGGACGGGGAGGUCCAGGAUGGAAGCAUAAGCUCUUGGCACGUCUUGAAACCUUUAACAACUGAAACCUUUAAACAACUGAAAAAUAUAAAACCCUAUUAUUAUUAU